GUGACUAAACAAGGAAGUACAAGUUUUAAGUUUAAGUGUUAGCUUGCAGGAAAAAUACGCAGAAUAAUACGUCAACGUUUCUUUCAUAUUUUAUGUGAUUUAUCUAUUUUGGGGGGACCAUUUGUUGUAUAUUUGUUAUAUACACUUUACAAGACAUUGUGAUACUAGUGGCACAAUUUUUAAAAUGGCGAGUUACGUUAAACCUACAUUGAGGAAAAAAUAAUGUAAUUGCUAGCAAAAAGGUAAAUUUAGUUCAGUCGAGCAGCGAACAAAUUACACGUGUGAUUGACAGAAACCUUCCAGCUGGUGGACAGAAAUGAACAAUUUAUCUCUGAAUUCAAAGGGUCUUGACCCGACCUUGCUGAGACAGCACCCCUUGGAACCAGGGUGUAGCGACGAUGUGCAGACGCUCCAUUUGGCAGCCCAGGAAGACUUUUCAAAGCUGGACGAUCCCCUGGAGGCCUUCCUAACACUCCUAGAGUGCUCUGUGUCUAAACAGAAGGGGGCCCAGAUCUUCAAGGAAUUCCAGAGCUGGCUAAAGGAACAUCCUCAGGUUACACUGACUUCACUUCCAAAGCAACACGCAACAGCCCUGCAGCAUCGGGCUCUUCUUCUUCUCACUGACUCCCAAAGCAACCAUGUUGACAGUCUCAUAAAUAUCUACCAGCUUACCACUUUGGAUCCAGCUACCUUGCGACUGCAUGUCAGAAAGUUACUGGCCCGCAAUUGCUACAAAGAGGCGACAGUGCUCGGUAAGAAGCUGAACUUGCAGAAUGAGCUAAAUUUGGAGGAGGUGUGCAUCCCACUCAUCCUCAAGGACAAGCUGUCAUUAGCAGAGAGCUUUGUUACAGGACACGUACAUCUUGAAAAGCAACUAGUCUCACUGCUUGACUCUUGGUGCCACCCCAACUUCUCCGUGAAAGACAUGAUCAGCAAGCAGUUUCCUCACCUCACCACGUCCAAACAAAGCCAUCCUCAAAUCAAGCCCAAAUUGCUGGCAAAACAUGUCUUUCGACUUGCGGAGAAAUUCAAUAUCGAUCAAGGGCUGUGUCCUAAUGCCCUGCACAAGAGGAGACAUGAUACACUUCAGUACCUCAUGUUCAAGAGAUUUGUAGACAACAGCAUGACAGAGGAGAAUUGGAGUGACCAUGUGCAAACCGUCGUGGCAGAUGACCUCGAGCUCCAGAUCCUGUUGGUGGUGAGGCUGCUGCAGUGCUGUGGAUGUGAAAAAGCCGCUCAGUGGUCGCUGAGAUAUAGCCUUCCCAGGCAUAGACUCCCUUUUGUGGUUUGGAACACCCAGCAGAGUUUAUCACCCGAGCUACAACAUCUAAGCGAUUCCGUACACAGCGAGGAGUGGACGCCAUCUGAAGCUCAUUGUCAAAAGUUCUACCAGGUACCUCUCGCCAAAGAGAAAGUUAAGCACGUGGACACCCUGGAAGCCCUUCAAAAUUGUCGGGAGACUCUCUUUAAGAAGGGCAGUGUGGUAGGAGUUGAUAUGGAGUGGCAGCCCACAUUUGGCUGCGGUUCAACUCAGCACGUUGCCUUGAUACAGCUUGCUACUUCUGACACCGUUUUCCUAUUGGACCUCUGUGCAAAUGGAUUGUGGCAGCAUCCCGAGACCAUUUUAUUCAUAAGAAGUUUCUUCUCUGAGCAAAAUGUCCUUAAAGUGGGUUAUGGCAUGGCUGGAGAUCUCAGGUGUCUCAAAUCCACUUGGCCUCAAUUUGUGCAGGAACCACUGAAGAUAGAGGGAAUGCUUGAUCUUCUUAACGUACACCAAAAGCUCCAAUGUGGCAAGGUGAGCGGCGCACAGCGUGGCCCUAAGGAGGUGCUGGUGGGAGAGAACUCCCCUGAGAAAGGCCUCAGUCUUCUAGUCAAACAAGUCCUGGGAAAGGCCCUCGACAAGACCGAGCAAAUGUCCAACUGGACUAAGCGUCCGCUGCGCGUCAGCCAAAUCAGAUAUGCAGUGACGGAUGCUUACUGUUUGUUGGAUGUGUAUUCUGUGCUCUCUGCUAAACCUGCCAGCUUUGGGCUUCCAAGAGAUUUGUGCUCCAUCACUGUAACGCAACCAGAGAAGAAUGAACAUGCAAAGCAGAAGGAGAAAAAAAACAAGAAGAUGAAUCAAAACAGCAACAAAGAGGAAUGUCAGGGGGCUCAAUGGGUCAGUCCCCCUUGCUCUGACACUGAGAAAGGCCUCCUGUGUGGCAAGGAGCCCCCCAAAGACUCCCCUCCUGCUCCUCUGGCCCCCCAGCAGUUGCGGGUGGUUUGUGACAACAUGCUGCAAGGCCUCGGGAGGUACUUGCGCUGUUUGGGAGUCGAUGUGGUCAUUUUGGAGGAUACUGAUGAUCACAGAGUGGCUGCAAAGAUAGCACAAGCCGAAUACCGUGUUAUACUCACAUGCGGACAACCAUACCAGACUUUGAGAUCCCAGGUGGGCGAAGGCCGCUGUCUGUCCCUCGACUGCUCGGAAAAGGCCAAAGAUCAAGCUGUCCGAGUGCUCAAACACUUCAACGUCCGGCCUACUCCUUGCGAUGUAUUCAGCCGCUGCCAGGCGUGUAACAGCGAUCAGUAUGUGGCACUGCCCAGACAAGACAUGAUCAGGAUGCUUAAACAAAAAGGAUUUGUGCAGGCGACUGAUACAUCGCUGACACCACCGGAGGAGGAGCCGCUUCAUCUUGAACUCCCCAGAUAUGGUCCUCAGUGUAAAUGGGCCUCCCUGUCAGAUCUGGACCCCGUGACCCUGAACUUUCCCGGAGGGGCACCCAUACAGCUGCACACGGUACCACCGACCCUGGUACCCAAAGUACCCCACUAUUUUGUCUGUACCCGCUGUGGAAAGGUGUUCUGGGAGGGCUCUCACUUUGACCGUGUUGUCUCCAUGUUUAAGGAGGUCAUGCACAUCACAGAUAUACAUUUUAAACGGAACGGGAGAAACACCAAACGUUAGGUGGAAGGUGUCUACAAUUGGACACAAAAAGUGACUUUUCUCAUUCGUUUUUAGUAUUAUUAGAUUUGUUGGAGCUUACCUGGGUUAAAAUGUAAACACGUUUAUCAUCACGGUGUUUCUUCAAUCAAGCAUGUUUUUGUUGUAGAAGCCUUAAAAUGGAAUCCACCAUGAAGUUGAAUCACAACUUGAAAGUUUUUUUAAAAACUUUUAAUUCUACUUUUUUGGUAAUUAUUAUUUUUUUAAAUUGUCUUUAUUCAAGAAGCUGGGCAUUUUUAUUGCGGUUCUCUGGCUGUCUCAAGAAUUGUAUAACGUGUACAUUUAAUAUUUGUUAUUAAAAUUCUGCGUUUCUUCUAAGGACAA